AUGCUUUUUCGGUACACACUUGAGGAAGUAGCUAAACAUAAUACCAUUGACGACCUUUGGAUCAUCCACAAUAAUCGAGUUUAUGAUGUUUCAGACUUCGUUUUGGAUCAUCCAGGUGGUGAUGAAAUUAUUUUAAGUUGGGCAGGAAAAGAUGUUUCAAAAAUCAUGAGUGACGUUAUUUCACAUGAUCAUAGUGAAACAGCUUAUAGGGCUUUGGCAGAAUUAUAUAUAGAUUUAGAUCUUAAAGAAAAAUUUCUGGAUUUAAAUAAACCAUUAAUUUAUCAAAUGUUUAAUUGUAACUUUAAAAAAGAAUUUUAUCUCAAUCAAAUUCAUAAACCACGUCAUCUUCCACGUUCUGCUACAUUAUUUGGAAAUCCUUUAUUAGAAAUAUUUACUCAAACUCCUUGGUAUCUUAUUCCAAUUGUAUGGUGUCCACAAAUAUUUUAUCAUUUAUAUUUGGCAUCAGAAAUUCUUGGAAUUUCUAUCGCUUUGCCUAUUAUGAGAAUUGGAUAUAUGAUUUUUCCCGAAAAUAUUUCACAUGCGUUAAUUGCUGGUGCAACAUUUGGAUAUAUUUGUUAUGACUUGACACAUUAUCAUCUUCAUCAUGCUCGUCCUUUUAAUUCACAUUUGAGAGAGAUGAAGACAUAUCACAUGAAUCAUCAUUAUAAAAAUUAUGAUUUAGGGAUUUUGAGCAGUAUUCAAACUGAUUACAAAAAAGUUGAAAAUAAACAACUCGAACUUAUUCCAAAAGCUAUUGAAAAAAUUGAUAAAAUAUCUCAGAUUAUAUACCAAACUAUACAACAAUUGAAAUUUGAUUCUCCAAAAGAAAUUGAUAAUUUGUUACUUCUUUCCAGAACACUUGAAAAUUAUGCAUCACAGGCUUCGGAAGAACACAAAGAGAUUCAAAAAAUAGUUUCAAAAUAUGAGAAAGCAAUAGAUAGGAAAUGGAAACAAGAUAUAACAAUUGCCAGUAAUCCGGAAGCUUUCGUUAGUAAGGAGACUGUUCUACAAAGAACAAUUGCGUUGCAUUUCAUACGUCAUGGAAAAUUUAGAUUAGGAGACACCUUUAUAGAAGAAACUGGAUUGGAUUUACCGAGUUCUUUACAAAUGCAAUUUCUUCAAAUGUACCAAAUCCUAGAUGCCAUAAAUAACUUAAAUUUGGAACCAGCUCUAUUAUGGGCAAAAUCUCAACGUGAUGAAUUAGAACGUCGCGGAAGCUCUCUAGAAUUUCAACUUCACCGUCUUCACUUUAUUAAAUAUCUUCUUGAACAACGUCGUGAUGAAGCUUUAAUGUAUGCUAAAACGAAUUUUGAAUAUUUUCAAGCGAGACAUAUGAAAGAAAUAAGAAGGCUUAUGGGAGCACUUAUUUAUAUUAAUCGAUUAUCUACUUCACCUUAUGCUGAUUUCCUAUCCAAUGAUGCAUGGACCGAUAUACAACAAACAUUCACACGUGAUUUCUGUAAUUUAUUGGGAAUGGCGUGUGAUAGUCCUUUAUAUAUAAGUGUAACAGUUGGUGCUACAGCUUUACCAACAAUCAUAAAAAUGGCAACUAUCAUGAAAGAAAAGAAGAAUGAAUGGAGUCAACAAAAUGAAUUGCCGGUUGAAAUUCCUCUUACGGAUGAUAUGAGAUAUCACUCUAUUUUUGCAUGUCCGGUAUCAAAAGAGCAAUCCACCGAAGAAAACCCUCCCAUGAUGAUGCCUUGUGGUCACGUAAUAUGUAAAGAAAGUUUAACCAAAUUAAGUAGUAAAGGAAAUGGACGUUUCAAAUGUCCUUACUGCCCCAUUGAGUCGAUGGUAAAUCAGGCAGUGAGAGUACAUUUCUAA